GUCCAACAGUCUCGACUCUCAGCGGGCCGGGCCGGGUCGCAGCCACGCGCCGGUGGGGGACGCGGCGGGGACAGCGGUCUCCUCCACGGUUCAGAGGGGCUCCUCGAAAAUGGCUUCGGGGCAUGCGCCACCGCAGCCGUUAAAGAGACGCAAAACCGACGCCUAGCAGCCCGGAGCCCGGAGGCACAGGGCUGGGCAUCUGCCCGCGAGCGACGCCUUGGACCACAGGCCAAGACUGCGGCGGGAAGGGCGGCGGCGCAGGUGUGGGCGCUUCAGGGCAACAGUAGCAACAGUAUGGAUCAUUGUGAAGUUCUCAGCAAGAAAGUGAUUGAGUUCAAACCACCAGUGUAUGAACAGAGAUACUACUUUGUUAAAAACUUAGUGAAUCAACAUGGACACAAGAAGAUUGCAGACUUGGGCUUCGGGGACGCCACACUUCUAUGGAUGCUGAAAUACCACCGCUGCGUUCAGUAUCUUGUUGGAGUAGAUAUUGCUGCCAAACCCUUUGAAUGGGGAGGGGGUAGGUUGUCUCCAGGAGUGGGGAGUUACAUCAUUCCUCGGGAACUAGAUUUGACUAUAACCUUGUACCGUGGUUCUGCUGUACAAAGAGACUCCCGUUUGUGUGGAUUUGACUUGAUAACAUGUAUUGAAUUGAUAGAACACUUAGAUUCUGAAGAUCUGGCCAAGUUUCCUGAGGUCGUGUUUGGAUACUUUUCUCCGGGUAUGGUUGUCAUCAGCACACCAAACUCUGAAUUCAAUCCCCUGUUUCCAGCAUCAACCUUUAGAGAUCCAGAUCACAGAUUUGAGUGGAACAGAAAGCAGUUUCAGAUGUGGGCUUUGGAUGUGGCAAAGCUCUACAAUUACUCUGUAGAGUUUUCUGGUGUGGGGGAUCCACCAGCAGGAGCUGAGCAUGUUGGAUACUGUACCCAAAUUGGGGUCUUCCAGAAAAACAGCACAAAGCCAACUGAAUUGAGCAUUUCAGAGCCAGAGGAACACGUUUAUGAAGUUGUGAGUUUUCUUUGGGAGGUUUAUACCACCUCAUACCCGAGUUUACAGCAAAGCAAAUACUUCAGGUUUACUCUGAGUAUUGAGGCGGUGAAAGCCAUCGACUUGAUGAAAAGCCGGUUUCUCCGGGGUCCAAGGAGAAAGGAGGGCGACCGGGUGGUACCGCUCGGCAGCUGCACCCCGCAGCACGGGUUAACAGAAGCUCAAAGGGCCGAAAUAGAGCAGUCCCCCAAGCCGUACAGUGUGGGAGAGAAGUUCUACGUGCCGCUGGAAAGACUCCUCGCUUACCCGAAGGUGAACCGCUUGGUGGCGGGCAGCACGGAGAAGCUGCGCAUGGUGCUCGCGGAGGGGCUGCGGCUGAACGGAGAUCAGACCGCGGUGCAGGUGGAGUUGGUUGACUACCGCACACAGCGCCUCUUCGAUGAGCAUUUAGUCAGCCCUGCGCUGGAGUCCUAAGUGAGGCAGCCUAGUCUGCAAUUUUCUCUAACCGUGUGUUUUUUCAUAGGCUUUUUGUAGGGCGGUGGGGGGCCCAUAAUGUGCUUGUUCAUGUUUGUUAGACCCAUGUUGAAUAGGACUUUAAAAAAAAAAAUUUUAAACAAAUUGGAUUAUCAAAUAAAACCUUUCCCCAGGGAAUAAGUAGUUUUAAAUUCAUAGGAUUCUGUAUACUUCCUUUGGGCUAAAUUCUAACCUGUAGUAUACUACUUGCCUAAAACAUCAUACAGGAAGUGUUUGAAGAGCAGCCUCCUCCCUGGUAGUUUACUGCGUAGAACCAGGGUGGUCAGAGCAGUGGAGAGUUAGAGCUUCACAUUGGGGGGAAAACUGGUUUAAAUCACAGACCUGAGUAUAGAGGUUAGCUGACCAGGCUCUGCCACCAAAAGGACCUAUUCAUCUGCCUUCCUGUUGUGACUAUCUCAGGGAGGACUUUUUGUUACAACUUGAAUAUUCCAAGUCCUAUUCCAAAGAGAGAGCAAAGAAAGAGACCGGCCAUGAGCUGGCUUUCUGGUAAGGCUGGUUCUAUACCACUCUUCUGCUCCUUGUCUGAGCAGAUAGAAGGAUCACCUUACCACUCAGGAAAGCUGGGAGCUGUAGUUUCUUAUUCUGGGUUGGUAUGUGCUCUCAGUUCAUGUCUUCUAUUCUCUGGGAAGGAACCCGGAGCAAAGGACCUUUGGCCACUUGCCAGUCUGCCACGAGUGGCAUAUCCUCAUUAACCAGGGGCCAGCUGGUGGUGGAGUGUGGGUGCCUAGGAAAGGCCUCCUGAGGCCAUAGUUCUCAGCUUGAUUCUUUGAAGUGUUGAUAAGUAGAAAGUGGAUUUGAGGGGGAAGGGCAGGGAAAGAAGGGACUUAAGAAUAGAAUCUGAUCACAAAACCGCUUGUUAAUCAGCUCUUCAUAGUCCCUGCACCCCCCACCUUUCUAGACUUAUUUUUCCCUCUUGAAUACAUAGGACCUGAGGACGCACUCUUGGUAUACUCCGCGCCCCCUCCCCUAACAAAAGGCCCUGUCGGUCUGUCUAGGCCUCUGCAUGACUUCUACCACAUAUGGCUUCCUUUCCAUAUGUUAGAACCUAGGUUUCAAGCUUAGGCCAGCACU